GGCGUUAUUUUCGAAAACAUUAUUUUCUUUAGGUUCUUGCUUACAUUGGACAAUUUGGUAAAUUUCAAAAGAAAAUAUUUGUCUGGUUGUGGCUUGUAUCUGCUGCAGGAGGGCUUGCCGUAGUAACUUUUGGAUUCACAGCUUACACGCCCAACUAUAGAGUAUCAACUGAAUGUGAUUAUAAGAAUAGCAGCUAUUAUUUUGAUACAGACAGUUUAACUCUUCCCCCUUGGCUGAACAAUGACCAUGAUGAUAUAGCUUUGAGAUUAAGAGAUCAGGAUUGCAGGAUCCCAAGUGUAGAACUGGAUGCUCAAGGGAACUGUGUUGGUGUAUAUUAUACAAAUAAGAGUAUUGAGAUAAACAGCAGUGACAUAAAUCAGCUGAUAUUUGAUCGUGCAAUCAUGCGCAGUACUCUGGUCGAGGAAUACCAGUUUGUCUGUGAUAGAUCUUAUAUUCGUCCAUACUACAGUGCUCUAUACAUGCUAGGAAUGCUAUUUGGAUCAUUCAUAUUUGGAUUUCUAUCAGACACUUUUGGAAGAAUUAAAACCCUGAUGCUGGCUAUUCUCUGGGUUUCGAUGGCUGGAUUUUUUGGCGCUUUCUGUUCUGGGGCUUCAAGCUAUCAUGGAUUUGGAGUGCUAAGAUUUUUAACCGGUAUGGGUGGAGUGGGUUCCUUCAUGGUUUGCUUCGUGAUUGGGGUAGAACAUGUAGGAUAUAAGUUCACUAUGCUGAUGGGAAUCGCUAUAGAGAUACCGUUUGCUCUUGGUGAAGCUGUUCUUGGCCUCGAAGCUUAUCUGAUCAGAGAUUGGAAGAUUCUUCAGAUAGUUGCAUAUCUACCAAUGGCAUUACUUCUAACAGUUUACUGGUGUGUACCUGAAUCAGUAAGAUGGCUGGUAGCUCAUAACAAGAUUGAUCAGGCAAAAUCAAUCAUUAGAAAGGUUGCCGAAGAAAAUGGAAGAAAGUGUCCAGAACAUAUUUUACAGCACUUAGCUCCAAACGAUGAUAAACCUAUUUCUACAAAGAAAACAAAGAAGACGACAAUUCUAGAUCUCUUUAGCACUAGGGUUAUGCUAAACAGAACUCUUAAUAUGUCCUUCCAGUGGUUUAGUGUUACUAUGUGCUACUACGGAUUGACAUCAGCAUCAACAUCAUCCUUUGCUGGCGAUGCUUAUGGAAACUUCUUUCUCAGUGUUCUGAUUGAAAUCCCAAGCUACAUAUUUUGUAUCUUUCUCAUGGAUAUUUGGGGGAGAAGACCAAUUCUAUCCUUCUGCCAGAUAAUUUCUGGUGUAUCCUGCAUCAUUAUUGCAUUCUUGGAAGGUUCAGGUCUUCAAGGCUUAGAGAUAUUUUUGUCAUUGCUGGGGAAAUUUGGUGCUGCUGCCUCCUUUGCUAUUGUUUAUGUUUACACAGCUGAGCUGUUUCCAACUGUUAUUCGGAGUCAAGCUGUAGGAACCUGUAGUCUUGUAGCCAGAAUUGGAGGAAUAACAGCCCUCUUGCUGGACCUGAUUAAAAAGUUCUGGGAGCCAGCACCAGUAUUUAUUAUGGGGUGUACUGCAACUGUUGCUGGAAUGCUGGCUUUACUAUUCCCAGAAACCCUGGGAGAAACCUUACCAGACACAAUCGAUGAUGCUGCUAGGAUAGGAAAAAAGAAUUCCCGAGGCCUGUGUCAGUGCACCUAUAUUUCACCUUUUGCACUGUAUAAGGAUGAGUUAAAAGACAUACCGGACAAUUUAUGAAAAUAAACUAUAAAGAGUAAGAAUUGGAAAAUAAAUAAUGCUGAAUAGAUUUGAAACAUAAAGGAGAUCGCUCAAACUUUAUAAUUUUUAAAAAAGGUCGUCUUAUUACAAUAUUUUGAUUAGAUUUAUAACUUGUUAUGAAUAUGUUUAGGGUUCAUUCACGACAAACUAAAACAUUAUUGUGAUUAAAUAAGACAAAGAUUAUAUGUAACACUGAUUUGAAAAUAAAAUAUACAGGGUAGUUCUCUACAACUGAUAUUUUUGAUUUGCUAAAAUUUAAUUGAAAAAUGCGCAAACUGGGUUAAAAAAUCCGGGAAAUUGACAAGCUUGAAGGGACUUCAUAUUCUGGUUGAAAAAAAUGACUCCAGACCAAAUUGAUAGAUCAAAUAUAGAUUAAAUUAAACGAAAAAUAUUAUAUGAAUUUCUAGUAUGUAACUGAAUACAUUUUUAAAUUUCAACAUUUCUGAUGAAAAUAUAAGAUAAAGACGACUAUUCAUUUUAUGCAGUUCUGGUUACUAUUUUAAUUUCC